AGGUGAGUUUUUCAGCACUUUAUUUGUUUCAAAAGCUGGAUUGUCAGAACCUGCAGCAGCAGCAGUCUGCCUUUCAGCUGCAGCUUUUAGCAAGGAUAUUCAGUGUAACAAACUCAGUUAACCUGUUGAUUUUGAAGGAGGAUCUUCCCGUUUGGUGGAUGUUUUUCCUAUCUCUGUGUGUGUGUGUCCUGUGAGAAUGUGUGGACGAUAACAGAUAACAGAGAUGAGAUACUUUGAAAGAGAUUCCGUUGUUUAUUGAGGUAACUGUGAUCACUGAGAAGCAUUCGGUAACUCCUAAAACUUCAGUUUAUCUCUGGAGACUGUGUCUUUUGUAGCACCCUGUCUCUGGUGCUGUGGGGCACCAAAGGGCAGGUGCCGGUUCUGUCUGGACUCAGAAAGAUGCAGUGCAGAAGCCCCUGAGCUGGUUUCAGGGUCCCUUCAGUCUCUGGGGGGCAGGACCUGAUCCAAAGCCCACCUACAGCCAGGGAAGAGGACUGUUUCUAGUGGGUUUUGAGCUACUCCUUUAGAAAAGUUUCUUAAUAAGGCUUUGGAUCAGGCCCAUGGGAAUGAGUUGAAAUGGAGUGAGUUACCUCAGACUUUCUUUGAACUAAAAAUCACAAUCAUGCCUGGUUUUGCUGCCUGCACUCCAGAUGUACACAGAUGUUCCUGUAUCCAAAGUGUCUCCCUGUGCUAGAGCAGCAUUCACUCCAAAGGCGUUGUAGCAGACAAUAGUGCUGACAAGGGGGUGAGAUUGCCUCUGAAAUUUUAUUGUGCAAUAGAUAGAAUAUUUCAUGUUAUUUUUUUAACAUCCUUUCAGCUGCAUAUGUGGAAAAGUCAGCAUGUUGCAAAUCUGUAGAGCUCAGUACCAACCACAAUGUAAUUUGUGUUGCUACAGCAGGGCUGGUUGGGACCUGCAUAUAAAAGAUUUUUUUCUUUAGUUUCUUUUGUAAGUAUCUGUAAGGGUAAGCUGAUAUAUAGGGAAAAUACUUUGUUAGAGACCUGAGAUACCUUCUGAGAUUAUUUUCUCUAAGAUUUCUGAAAUAUUUUCUGAGAUUAGGUCACCAAAUACUAAAGAUUUUACUAAUCCACUGUUGGCAUACUCAUAUGGCCAGUUUUGAUCUCACUGUUAAUAUUUAGCUGCCAUACAAGGAAUGUUUUAUAAAAGAGAUUAAUUUCAUUAUAUUCAGCUAUUCAGCUAUAUGGAAGCUGUGAAAUAGUGGAGUAGGGGGAAGAGGGAUCGAUGCUAAAUGCUUAAAAUCACCCAGCACGUUUGUAGCAAAGACAGGGACCAAAGCAAAACCAUCUAUGUCUUGGGAUGCCCUGCCCUGUAGUCCCACCUGCUCCCAUUUCUUCAAGUAUAAGUCAAUGUUUAAAGAAAUUAUUUACAAUUUUCAUGACUGUGACUGAGAGCAGGAUCUGUCCAAUGCUCCCCAAGCACCCAAAGUCUGUGAGAGCCCCUGGUGCAAAGCAGCAAAGCCCAGUGGGUGUAAAUGGAGAUGUGCAGUUCUGACAGCUGCCAGUGUGGCUCUGGGAGGCUCUUGUUUCUGAUGCAAAGAAGGCAUGUGGGCUGGCAGAGGUGAACAGAGUACUUAUUUCAUGUCAUGAAUCCACUGUGCCUUUUCACCUUAAAAGAUCAGCCUAAGUAAGUCUCAUCACUGUUGAAUGCUUCUGAUUAGAAUAGCCAAGAGGAUAAAAGACAGGCCAUAACCAGCCCUGACUGAAAACCUUUAUGUAUGAAAUCUGAGAAGGGCAACAAAUGGGACCGAGGGGGCUGGGUUAGGGCCAGCUGGCUGCUCCAGUCCAUAUCCAACUUCUGUUUGGAUUAUUUUAACCUGCUGCCAGAAAGAUAAAAGCUGAACGUGAGCCAGGCCACUUAGUUCAGAUCAGCACUGUCCAAAAUCCAUAGGAAGCCCGUUUUGUUUUCAGUAGCCAUGAGGUUUUGUUGUUGCUCCAUGCACGUGUAGCAGCCCCUCCGAGGGUCACUCUUGUCCAGCCUCUGUGUUGUUUAAAUAACGAGAAGAGUUUCUCCCUAAGCAAAACUGCGAGGAGCAGUGCGACCGACAGCCACACUGAACUAACAUUUUAUGAAUCUCCGGGGAUCACCUGGCGUUUCUCAAUAUGAAAAAAGCAAUAACUAACCGGAGGAAUUUGGGCCGGUGUGGGGGAUGCUGUGCCCGGGGCCCGCAUCCCGGUGCCCAAACCGCGCUCAGAGGGCGUGAAGGCGCCCCGAGAGAGCGGGGCCGGCGCCGGGCUCUGGUCCGGGCCGUGCCCCGGGGUUGACCCGCCGUGCCGGGGCUGACCCGCUGUCCCGGCCCGUGCCCCGGGGCUGACCCGCUGUCCCGGCCCGUGCCCCGGGGCUGACCCACUGUCCCGGCCCGCAGGGGCGAUGCCGGCCGGCGGCCGGGCGCUGCUGGCGCUGCUGGGGCUCCCGGCGCUGCUGGCGCUGGGCUGCGCCGCCCACACCGACACCGAGCCCGAGCCCGAGGGCGGCCCGGCCCCGCGGCCCGGCCCCGCCUGCCCCCGCGACUGCGGCUGCACCCAGGAGGGCGUCGUGGACUGCGGUGGCAUCGACCUCAAGGAGUUCCCGCUGCUGCUGCCCGAGCUCACCAACCACCUGUCCCUGCAGAAUAACCAAAUAGAAGAAAUCUUUCCAGAAGAACUUGCUCGUCUUUACAGACUGGAAACUCUCAAUCUGCAAAACAACAGGCUGACUUCAAAAGGGUUGCCAGAAGAAGCAUUUGAACAUCUGGAGAACCUGAAUUACCUGUACCUGGCAAACAAUAAGCUAACAGUGGCUCCGAAAUUCCUACCAAAUGCCUUGAUCAGUGCAGAUUUUGCAGCCAAUUAUCUCACUAAGAUAUAUGGGCUCACAUUUGGACAGAAACCAAAAUUGAGAUCUGUGUAUCUUCAUAACAACAAACUUUCAGAUGCUGGGUUACCUGAUAACAUGUUCAAUGGCUCUGCUAAUGUGGAGAUACUCAUCAUGUCCAGCAAUUUCUUGAAGUAUGUUCCAAAGAAUCUCCCUCCAGCACUGUAUAAAUUACACUUACAGAGCAACAAGCUGGAGAAGAUUCCCAAAGGAGCCUUCAGUGAACUCACAGGUCUGCGGGAGCUGUACUUACAGAACAACUACUUGUCUAAUGAAGGAAUGGACAACGAAACUUUCUGGAAAUUGUCCAGUCUUGAAUACCUGGAUUUGUCCAGCAAUAACCUCUCACAAAUCCCAAGUGGUUUACCUCGAAACAUCGUCCUCCUCCACCUGGAGAAGAAUGCAAUUAAGGUGAUUGACAGAGAUGUGUUAACCCAAAUUAAGAACCUGGAGUACCUUCUGCUCCACAAUAACAAAUUAAAAGCCCGAGGGAUUCACCCAUUAGCCUUCCAGGGCUUAAAAAAGCUGCACACUGUCCACCUGUACAACAACAUGCUGGAAAGGAUUCCCAGUGGGCUGCCCCGGCGUGUGAAAACACUUAUGAUCCUUCAUAACCAGAUCUCUGAGAUCAACAGGAAUGACUUUGCUACCACUUACUUCCUUGAGGAGCUGAACCUGAGCUACAACAAGCUCAAAAGUCCCCAGAUCCAUCGGGAGGCCUUCCGAAAGCUGAGGCAACUAAAGUCCUUGGAUCUUUCUGGAAACAAUCUCCACACAGUCCCCUUUGGCUUUCCAAAGAACUUGCAGGUCCUGAAGCUGAAGGAAAACGAGAUAAGCAUCAUCCCAAAAGGGACUUUGUCUGGCAUGACAAAACUGCGGGAACUGUAUUUGAGCAACAAUAAACUGAAAGUAAAUUCAAUUUAUUCAAGAGCUUGGAGAGAACUCAGCAGUCUCCAGUCACUAGACAUGGCUGGCAACCAGCUGACAUCCAUCCCAUUGGGCCUGCCUGAAUCUCUGGAAUAUCUGUAUCUCCAGAACAACAAGAUCACCACGGUUUCAGAGCAUGCUUUUGAAUCCACACCCAAAAUAAAGGGGAUUUACCUCAGGUUUAAUAAGAUUGCAGUUGGAGCACUGAAAGAAAGUACCUUCCAAAACCUAAAGUACUUACAGGUACUGGAUAUUGAAGGGAACCUUGAAUUCAGCAACAGUUCAAAGAAUAAGGAUGAUUCAGAAGAGGAAAUGGAAGAUGAGGAAGAGGAAGAAGAACUGAGAUAAAAUGUGAACUCACACAAUCACACCAUGUGAGAGGAAAACAUAUGGAAACUUACAUAUAUGUCUAUGUGUAUAUAUCUAUAUAGAUAUACAGAGAACACUUAGCAGAACGUGCAAUGAAUUACGCAGAAACUGUCGUGGCACUGAGCCAGGCUCAUGGAAGACAGUGUGUUACAGUGCCUUAUUCAGGGAAAGACCCUGAAUGCCUUUCCAAAGCUUCCAAAUCAUCUUAUACAAGACCCAGGAUCAUAAGGGAUUGCUUGGGAACUCACAAAAGCUGGCUUUUGUUUCUUCUGUUUCUCUUCCUUCACUGUUUCCAUCUGUAAUAUGGGGCUGUUUUCAACACAUGCCUUCAAAUGCCAUUUUUGUCGCUGCAUUUUAAGUGAACCAUGCAUAAGCUUCUUUUCCUCCACCCCAAAGAAGCUGUUGCUGAUCAGGCAAGAUGAAUAUUUUCAGUAGUUUCAUGUGUGGAGCAGUGUAUGAGGCAUUUUGGUCAUCAAGCAACACUAAUAAUUCUGGAUGCAACUACUCCUCUGUUAUAAAAAUGUGUAUAUUUGGAUGAGAAAAACAAAAUAAGGCUGGAUCCCAAAAUAUUUUAUCUCUACUGCCAAAGCCUGCAGUAUAUUCCUGUUUUAGAAAGGUUUUAAGAUAAAACUAUUGCUCUUGUGAAUAUAUAUAUAUAUAUAUAUAUAUAAAAUCUGUAUGUCUGCCUUCCAGAGCUUUGCUAAAGUCUCUGUUUGCUCUUGUAUGCCCGUGUGGCAGUUGUGUGAAUGUCUCUAAAGGUAUGGAGUGACAGUGUGAAGUGUAAUAUAUGUGGUUGAAUUUUUUACAUAGUGUAUCUUAUUCUCAUUGAGAGUCAGGAGUGAGACUAGUGAUGUAAAAGAGAUAAGUGAGCGUGGGCUGUCUUAGGAGAAAACUGUUAAGUGUCAAGAGAAAUUUGUUUAGUUCAAGUCUUGAGACAGUGCCUGGUGUUGUACUCAAAGCCUCACCUAUUUUAUGAUGUCAAGUACUUUCAGCUCCUGUUGGAGUCAUGGAAAAUAAGGAAACCAAGGAAAAGAAGACCCACGGAGGUACAAGUUUUUUAGUUGAUUAUAAUGUCCUUCAUCUGAGGCAGUUAAUCUGCAUGAGGAAAUGGUCUUUUCUUUUGAGGAUUUCUGAUUGAACACAUGUUGUUUUGUACACUGCAUUCCAGGAUUUACUUGGAAACACAGUUGGCUUAAUUUUUUACCAGCUGUUUUCCUGCUGGAGAUCUAGUUCCACACUCUCCCUUUGGUUCCCAUAGCACAUGACAGUAAUUUCAAGCUGUUUCCUACCUUAGACAAUUCAACACAAUCAUCAAUCAUAGAAGGAAAGAUUUCUUCCUGAAAAAAAUAAGAACUUGGCCCUAAAAACUGCAAACCCCCAUAUUUUUGAACAGCAGCUAUACAGCUGAGCAAUAAAACGGCCUUCUUGACUGCUGGGAUAGAUUUCUACAUAAAAUGUUUACAGAAGUAGCUCAAGUCAACUAGCUAUCUCCAGCAAACACCAGUGGAGGUUUUGUUAGUCUUUGGUGAAACAGAGCAAUUGAUUAAACUCCUGAACAAGCUGAGAA